AUAUUUCUCGUCCAUUUUAGUUGUGUUUGAUGAUUGCAACAUGACACGAUCCCUACGCCUUAUUUAGUUGACGAGCUAGACCCUAUCGUGACAAAGUCGAACAUCCCAAAACGUCAAUCAAACCAUAGAAGGCAAAGGAUUGUGGGAGGCGAGCUAAUCUUCUGGCACCGAAACCCAAGUCAGUAGGGAAGUGUGUCUACUACAACCGAGUGUUCAGACGUUGGUACCGCGCUCAAAGACUGGAAACAUGACGACCAUGUACGGGCAAAAUGGGACGAACGGUUCGGACUACCAUUGCUUGAUCCGCGACGACCUGUUCCAGCACUACUCGCUCAUUCCAGCGGUCGUCAUUAUCGUGAUACUAUCGUGGAUAGAAGGGCGGAACCAGCGAGGAAAUGGAACGAAGUGUCGUUUUAGCCUCCCAGUUCCCGUGGACUUUUUCGACACUCAUUCCAACCGCUGGUCCUACGCCGUCGCGUUCGGCGUGACCACCACGGCGUGCAUCUCUCUCUUCACCGACGCCUACAGCUCCAACUACCUGCCGUCUCUUCACGACUGGCCGCUGUGGAGCCAGCUUCUGAUCGCCAUCGUGUCUGUACUCGAACUUGGCGUGAACUACUACCCCUUCUUCGCCUGUAUGGCAUGUAAGGUGCAGAUUGUGGGUGCCGUACUCGGUUUUCUGUACAGCGCGACUUGGUUCUCUGUUAAGGUAGUCUUCGAGGUCAACUGCGCGGGACCUAUAGGACAGGAUGCGUUCCAGUUCUUACGUGCGAACGGGAACGUGUUCAACAUUAUAGUCCGCCUACCAACGGUGGUAUGUCUGUUCCUCUUGGUUGCCAAGUUCGCUAUAAUGAUUGAGGGGGCAAUAGAGGAACAGGUCCGUCUGCGUAAAGGGCCCCAACAGGGGACCAUGGGCACCAGGAGGCACAAGAAGCUCAUGCACUUCCACCACAAACUACACGUGCAGAGGCUACUCGGAAAACCCCAGGAGACCCCCGAGCUGCCGUGGUAUCGCAAGAUGUGCCGACGUCAUGUUGGCGGAAUGGGCAGAUCCAAUAUGGCGAACUGCGAACUACAGUUUGAACUCGGCAAGUGCAGUUCACGGACCUUUCAUAUUUGGAGUGUAUUUUCCAGGUACCGCCCUGACCCUGCCUUCCGUUUCUCCGCCCGUGUCAUCACGACAGUGGUGGUGACCUUCCUCUGUCUGUACGAGGUCAUGGUCAUCGACCUGUUCUUUGGCAACAUUCUCUGGAACGACGUCAGGAACAUGAUCAACGCCACCAUCAACCACACCGUCGUCGUGGACAUCGACAACGAAUUCUGGGACGUCUUCAUAACGUCUUGGAACUUUACUGGGAUCUUUACAGGGUUUAUACUGUUUCUGUACCUCUUAAGAAUAUUGGCUUGCUACCGUAAGCACAUGCAGAGGCUGUAUAAGGGGGAUUACAAGUGGUUGCCUGAGUUUGAGCAGAGUAGUAGCUGGCAUGUGUUUCAGAGCCUCAAGUAUUCUGGCGCACAGAUAGCCUACAUGAUCUGGGGGUACAUUAUUAUACAGGUUAUACUGAUGUUGAUCAUUCUCAUUGGGUACGUUCUGGUAAAAAAUCCUGACUUUAUCUUAUCUAGUCUGGAGGUCUCCCUACCACCAGCGGUGGUGAGUGUUGUAGUACUUUUGGUACAGUGGUUACUGGGUAAAUUUGUGUUCUUACAGAAACCCAAAGACGAAGAAAAGCAACCCCUUGCGUUCGAACACUUUAAGGCCUACCAGAACUUUGCUUAUUUCAUGUUCUUCUUCAACAUCAUCGUUGGAUUCUUUUUCUGUUUCUCUCGAGUGAUCAUUUCGCUCAUCUUUGGUGUCUUACUGCUCUCUCGCAUAGACAGAACAGUUUUAAUGGAAGGGUUUGAACAGGCCGAUGUUGGCUAUCUGUUUUAUCUCAGCAUGGUUAGAAUCGAGGUAGCACACACACACCCAGUCAUCCUCUCAUUCUGUCAGUUACUCCUAGACACAACCUCCACAACCAAGCGAAACGGCAGAUACAGUUCCUAUGUAACAGUUCAAAGACCCCUCUAUGAAACUAAAUCGCGCUGGCGUUGGUACCUAGCGUACACCCUAGUAAGAAAUCCUCAACUGAAAGAAAUGAGAAAAAAGGUGACGAAAAGAGAGAGUGUAGAGUUGAUCAAUCCGACUGAUAGAGUACCGUGUGAGGAUACCAACUCUAUAGAAGACACAGAGAACCUGUUUGCUGGCAGUAGUGAUGAAGUCCUGAGAAAGGUGAGCUUUUACAGCGAGAGAUCAGAUUCCAUGUCUGUGGUGAAUAGAAGGCAAACAACUGAGGAGGAUGAUGUAAAGCUACUCAGCCUGUAGGAAAAAUCAUAACAUUUGAUAGAGGAGUUCUCCAGAUAUCCUGCCACCUUUCGUAUCACAAUCUGAUUACUCGUAAACAGAUGACAGAGAAAAUCAAGUCUUUAGUUAUUUAAAGGCAAUCAAAUCUCUACAGCUUGACAAAUUGGGGAUUUAGUUUGGGACAUUUUGAGCGACAUCCAUCGCUCUUCUCCUGGACGUUUCGAAUAAUGGAUGUCACUCGGAAUGCCUGGAAAUAAACCUCUGAAGUAAGCAUGUUUGCUUGUUUUGAUAGCUCAAAUGAAGUUCCACUAACGGCUCCAGCAUCUUUUCUUAAGAAUGUGCUCUUCCCACUUACUUUUGGAAGCAAACCUUUCGUUCUUAUCAAGUUGUAGAGAUUGAAUUUGCUGGUUACAUCACUCAACAUCAUCUUGGCCGAUUCGGGACUUGCACAUACAAACACCGAGACAACAAACAAAACAAACACCUGUGUUUUUAUGUAGGUAAACAAUGUAGUAGCUUAAGGGUUGUACUUUCACAGUUUGCAGUUUUUGUCACUUCAUGUGUGGUUUCAAUGCCAAGUCAGCUAAGUCUUAUCUAGUUAGUCAACUACCAUUCUACACACUGGUCUGCAUAUAGUCUGUUCAUGUUUUGAAUAUUGCUUCUACUUUUAACUUAAGCUGCUUACAGCUACAUAUUAUGUAAUAGAAGUGUUUGUAUGUGGUACUUUCCUCUGUAUUAUGGCAUUUACAAAUGCACAAUGGAACCCUGCUUCAUUUUGUAUACUGAAACCUUGACAUUUUGUAUACACAUGCCUCCUUAUGUUGAAUAGAGUAGAAGAAUGUGCUGGUAUAGUGCUUUAUGUACUUAUUUGACUUCAGCCGUAGAUCUGUUUAUAUCAUGUCAUGAUGAAACAGUUACUGGUCAGUCAAUACAGAUACAUUAAUUGUACAUAGUUUGUACUAGAACCAGAUCUUGAAUUACAAAAACUUAAAUUGUACAUUAUUUUUGCUGUCUUUGGUGUUGAAUUAAACUUUCUGUUCCUUAACCUAUUUGCUGUGUUUGCAUUGCAAUAUCAGGUAUGAGGAGGGACAUUUGACAAUUUUAAGAUUGUAUCCCGUAUUUAGGUAAAUGAUCUUAAACACAUGUACAUGUAUCAAGCAGGUUUAGAAUAAGCAAACGAGAGCGAACUAAGAAAAAAAACAUUAACCAACAAGACUCAACCAUGUAAUACUCACUCUGCUUUUUAUUUUUAUUCCCACCACUUCCUUCUUAAGUUCUGUAGGAGAUUCUCCAAAAAAGACACAGACAAGAACAGUAAUACAGUAUAUCUUUAGUACUAGGAACUGUACAAAUCUGUAAAUGUAAUUUGUAGCCAAUUCUACAUCACCAAAAUAUGAAGAACACACGUGUACACAUAGAAAAUACACAUAGCUCCUUGAGCCAUAUGAUGGUCAGUGUUAUAGACCAAUAUACCAGAACCACUAUUUGCAAGGAUACUUUGACUUGUACACUAGUAUUACAGUCAACAAAUGACAAUUUUCUGUGCCCCAGCCAAAUCAAAGGAGUAUUGAAUAUAUCAACGAUGCUAUGAGAACUUGGAAGUAAAAUUUCAGCAUCAUACUCAUGGAAGGUAUGUUGGGUAGAAGAGGCCUUUGCAGGAUACAAAAAAA